AUGGCUGAUGGUGUUGUUGCCGGUGCCAGGGUCGAGGCCCCUGUCACCUGGAAGACGUACAUGAUGUGCGCUUUCGCUGCCUUUGGUGGUAUCUUCUUUGGUUACGAUUCGGGUUACAUCAACGGCGUCAUGGCCAUGGACUAUUUCAUUCACGAAUUCUCAGGCAAGGUCAAAUCCGACUACGUCGACAAUCCAGAAGGCUAUGUCAUCUCUUCCUCCAACAAGUCUCUCAUCACUUCGAUUCUCUCUGCCGGUACCUUUUUCGGUGCCAUCAUCGCCGGUGAUCUUGCCGAUUGGUUUGGUCGUCGUACUACCAUCAUCAGCGGUUGCGGUAUCUUCAUGGUUGGUGUCGCCCUGCAGGUCGCCUCUACCACUGUCGCUCUCCUCGUUGUCGGCCGUCUGAUUGCUGGUUUCGGUGUCGGUUUCGUCUCGGCCAUCAUCAUUCUCUACAUGUCCGAAAUCGCUCCCCGCAAGGUCCGUGGUGCCAUCGUCUCUGGAUACCAGUUCUGUGUCACCAUUGGUCUCAUGACUGCCUCCUGCGUCGACUAUGGCACUGAGAACCGCACCGACUCUGGCUCGUACCGCAUUCCCAUCGCCAUCCAGCUCAUCUGGGCCAUCAUCCUUGCUAUUGGUCUCUUCUUCCUUCCCGAGUCUCCCCGUUACUUCGUCCGCAAGGGCGAUCUCUCCAAGGCCGCCGAGGUGCUUGGUCGCGUCCGUGACCAGCCCACCGACUCGGACUAUGUCAAGGAGGAGCUCGCUGAGAUUGUCGCCAACAACGAGUAUGAGAUGACCAUCAUCCCCCAGGGUGGUUACUUCCAGUCCUGGGCCAACUGCUUCACUGGCAGCCUCUGGUCCCCCAACAGCAACCUGCGCCGCACCAUUCUCGGUACCUCUCUUCAGAUGAUGCAGCAGUGGACCGGUGUCAACUUUGUCUUCUACUUUGGAACCACCUUCUUCACCAACCUUGGCACAAUCAGCGACCCCUUCCUGAUCAGCAUGAUCACCACCAUCGUCAACGUCUUCUCCACCCCCAUCUCUUUCUGGACCAUGGAGAAGAUCGGUCGUCGCCCGCUCCUUCUCUGGGGUGCCCUCGGCAUGGUUGUCUGCCAGUUCAUUGUCGCCAUCGCCGGUGUCGUUGACGGUGACAACCAAAACACCGUCAAGGCUCAGAUCUCCUUCAUCUGUAUCUACAUCUUCUUCUUUGCCUCCACCUGGGGUCCAGGCGCUUGGGUCGUUAUUGGCGAAAUUUACCCUCUUCCCAUCCGUUCGCGCGGUGUCGCUCUCUCCACUGCCUCCAACUGGCUCUGGAACUGCAUCAUCGCCGUCAUCACUCCUUACAUGGUCGACUCUGACAAGGGCAACCUCAAGUCCCGAGUCUUCUUCAUCUGGGGCUCCCUGUGCGCCUGCGCUUUCGUCUACACCUACUUCCUGAUCCCCGAGACCAAGGGUCUCACCCUCGAGCAGGUCGACAAGAUGAUGGAGGAGACCACCCCCCGCACUUCUGCCAAGUGGAAGCCUCACGGCACCUUUGCUGCCGAGAUGGGCCUCACAGACAAGAGCGUUGCCACCAACGUCGAGGACGUUGCCGACAAGGUUUAG